GGCUGAUAGUGUUAUCCCCACUAGGUUUCCAACUAAUUUCCCAAAAGCUGUCCGUUCUUCAUUGGAGAGAAGUGCAGCACGAAGUGUAACAGACAGUCAAAAAAUCCUCAUUUAUAAUAUGUGAAGUUGGUAUUUUCACGCAACUACUUUCUAAUGAAGAAAGCCUUAACAUAAGUUGGUUAUUUCCAUCCUUAACCGUAUUUUCAGAAUAUCUGAAGGAUUUGUAGAAAAUCUUUUCCCGAGUCCUAUAAGCCCAACAUUUUUGAAAUUGAAUAAUUUGCGAAGGAGGGCAGUAGAUCAAGCUCGAAACUUAAAACAAUGGAUCCUCUUAACAGCAAAUUGUAGAGAGAUGAUCUUGGUUUUAAAAUCCAUAGGAGACCAUACACCCAGAGAAAAUAAAAGAUGUGUAUUGAUCCAUCUUUACGUUUUAUCAUUCUGCCAACAGACCAUCACAGUCAAUAUUUUUCAAUUUUGCUUAUUCAUUUUGGGCUGGCAUGAUCCUUCGUAAAAACCAAGAAUAUUUGUAUAUCAGAUUUUUUGUAUUGAUGUUUAAUUAUUUGUAUAUGAAAAAAUACUCAGAAACAUUUGAGACAUGUGAAAAUUCUUCGCUGGAAAAAAAUUGGAAGUGUAGUUUAGAUUUUAAAGUCUGCAUGGCAUGCGCAAACCAUUAAAUUUCCUGAAACAAACAACAUCUUCAAACAAAACGUCGUAUACUCCUUGCAUUGAAUACAAGCUUUGAUUUUUUUUCUUCACGUCUGUACUCUUGAGGGCAUUCUUAAAGAUAAUCUUUUGAAACUGACCAAAAAAUUGAUGUGUGAAAUUGUUAUGCAAAGAGGGGAAGUGGCUCAAAGUUGAAGCCUUGAAAAGCAAAGUAUUUCCACAACAUGGGAAAUAUCACUUGAAACAGCAAGUGCCUUCAAAGUUAUGUUUUCUGUAUGCUUCUCUGUAAAGCUUUACUUCAUUCUUUUGUUUAAAUUUUCACAGGACAAGGUAUUGCCAAUGUCAACAACGUAGCUGGUCCAUCGUCUUUUGGCGAUGUUGCCAUGAACAAGUUAGGGAUAAACUAUUUGAUUUUGUCUUAUGUUUUUCAAAUCACACUAAGCAAAAAGUCUUGAAAAGUGUCCUAUUUUAAGGUCAAUAGCUUCACACUGGUAAUACGGACGGGCACUUCAAACUGAGCUUCGGACGCAGGUCUCAAUGUGUUUUGGAAAGAGCCUGUUGAGAAGAAGAUUUUUUUCACUGAGACACUUGAAUCUUCAGUCUAGACUACGGUGAAUAAUGAUACCACUAAGUUUUUUUUGCCUUUAAUGAUGGCUUGCAAAAUUUACAGUUCUGCCUCGGUUAAAGAUACUGUCCAAGGAAUCGAUAUUGGAUCUUUUAGAAGCAUGUUGUUUUUUUCUACAGUCGUUGCCGGUUUGGAGUUGUAACGAGCUUAACUUGAAAUUUUUUUUGCACUACAGAUGCCGUCAGUGAGCGUAGGAGGGGCAGCAGCUCUCGGUCUCGUUCCAGAUCUGUUCGAGGUUUCACACGACCUGUAAUUGUCCUACCGGGACCAGCUGACUUGGUGACAGAAGUCAUGAAUUCCAGAACGGUGGAUUUUUACGACCAAAACAAUUUGCGGAGCCAUGGGGUCUCAUUCAAUAACGCGAUGACUGAAAAUGAGUUGAAAUCUGCUAUAAGAGAAACUUUCCCUGAAAAAUUGACAGGAAUUGAUUUUACAAUUGGCAGACCAGAAUUCAAGAAAGUGCGGAAAAUUGUCCUCUCAAGGGGGGAGGAAUUAAAUGGACAGCUCUUAGCCGACCUUUUUCGCCUUAAAACUGUGUAUGUUUGGCCCGAAAGGGCUUUGCCUGAAUUCCGUAACUACGGCAUGAUUGAAGAUGCAGGAGGCUACAACAGUGAUACCGAUAGUCAAAGCGGGAAUGACACUGAGGACGAAAAUGAGGAGAUGCCUCCAGUCUAUGAACUUCAACCCAUGGCUGUGCCUGCUGAAGUUAAUGUUAAUAUUAACCCAGUGGAAGAGCAUGUACCCGUCGUUGCUGCGCCUGUAAUUCAGGAAAUACAAGAAGCUGUAACCCAAAUGCUGGCAUCGAUAGAUGGGAGUAAUGAAAUUGUUAUCACUGUAGGAAGAGAAACCAUUCUACGAGACUUGAAGGAAGUUUUAACUCCAACAUUUAACUUCAGAAGGAAGGUCCGAGUUAUUUUUUCCAAUGAGCCAGGUGCAGAUGAAGGUGGGCUAACCAGGGAGUGCUUCCGCCUUGCUACGUCAUCAAUACAGAAUUUAAAUAUCUUUGCUGGUCCAGAGAAAAAGAAACAGCUAGUUCCAAGUGGCACCUCUCUGAGGGAAAAUUGGUAUUUUUUCGCAGGGGCUGUUAUUGCCUUGUCAUUUAUGUAUGGUACAUCACCUCACUUCUUCUCCAAUUUUCUGUUUGAAAGUAUCCUCGGCGAUGCCUCAAAAGCUGUUCCAUCAAUCAGUGACGUGUGGAAUGCGACAGUUAAAAGCCAGCUGAUGGCUUUACAGAAGGAAGAAGAUGUUGCUAUUUGCUCUGAUAUCUUGCAAGGAGCUGAAUCUCUAAGAGCAGUAACCAGUAAAACUGUUAUUUUAUCAGCAGCAGACAAGGAGGAAGUUAUCGGAGAUGCACUCAAUUUCUAUGCCAAACAACUACCGGCACAGGGCAUGGAGCAGUUAUGCAAAGGCCUCUCAACUCUUGGGUUUUUAGACAUGAUCAAGGGAAACCCAGAAUUAUUCGCAAGUCUGUUCACAAUUUCCCUGGAGGAUUUUUCACUGGACAGUUUCAAUGUUCAAUUUGACAUCGAGUAUGCCCCAUUGGGCAGUCUUCGCUUCCGAAAGGAAGUGAGGAUCAUCGCCUUAUGGGAAAGGUUCCUGACGGAAAUUGAAGGAGGAAAUGUUGAUGUGUCUUUCAAAGAUAUCUUUAUUUUUGUUACGGGCUUGGCAAAACCACCACCAUCGGGUCUGCAGCCCCGGCCAAAAAUCUGCUUCAAUCAUGAACACACGCAGGUGGAGUUCCCAUCCGCAAAUGAAUGUGGGAAUAUUCUGUUGUUGCCGACUGCCUUCACAGCAGAAUAUGAUACUUUUAAGACUCGGUGUGCUUGGACCUUUAAAAACGUAAAGUUUUUUGACAGAUUGUGAGCCAUAUAAUUUUCUAGCUAAACAAUUGAGUUAUAUAUUUUUCUGUCUAGAUUGUGAGCAGGCAUAUCUGUGUUAGUUAAUAGAUUCCGAUUUCUCUUUCUUUUCCUCUUCUCAGUGCAUUUUUGAAAGAAAAUACACUAUUGUUUAAUCCUAAUUUUUUAAUCGUCCACACCCACCUGAGCUGGUAAGCUUGUUGUUGUUUUUUAUUUCUUAAGUAUAAGAAAUUUUGCCCACCGAUGCAUUUGUCCCACCAAACGUAGAAAACUUUAAGUGAUUCUUCAAGGUUCAUGGCGUGCAACAUAUUGUGUUACAAAUUUCAGUAGAUUUUGAAUUUUUAGCCAAAAAAAAGAUGAUAGCCCUGGCAAAUGAGCCUAAUAAAUCAUUCUACAUCUACAAAAUGGCGAAAGUCAAAAAAAUGAAAGCAGAGUCCUGUUUCGAAAAAAAUUUUGCAUCUGAUGCAGUUAUCGGUUUCUGCAUCCAAUGCAAGGUUCUUUCUGGACAGGAUUCCGCUUUCAUUCCUCUGAUUUUUUGCCAAUUUUUUGUUGUGUAGGAUGAAUUCCUUGAGCUCAUGCGCAGGAACUUAAAUUGGUUUUUUUGGGCAAAAUUUAAAAAUUUGCCAAACUUUUUUACAUAAUAGAUGCGAUAUACGACAUACCCGUUCAAGUAGGUCAGAAACCUUGACAGAUCACCUUAAAAGAAACUCUUGAUCAUGCCUCCUCAAAAUCGAUCAGCAAAAAGGCUAAAUGUUGUGUAUGAACAUUCAUUGAAGAGGUAAUUAUUUCUGCAUUAUUGCUAUUGAACCCUGGAUAACGAUUUUGAGGAGGGAUGAUCAAAGGUCUUCCUGCAAAAAUUUAAACUUAAUUUUGUAAUUCCUACGAUUAGAAUUAUCAGUUGUUAGUAAUUUUUAUUUUUGAACAUUCUUGCCUUUUUUUCUUGUAUUCAUGGGGUAAAUUUGGGAACAGAAUUAUCUCUCACGCUGUAUAUGGUGGAAGAAUACGCCUGGCUUAACAUUAUUUCCUUAAUUUGAUCAUAACUUCAAAGACUAAAUUUCGCUCGUGAAUAGUUUUCGAUGGAAAAGAUAAGCUACAAGUCUCUGAAGCCAAUGAAAUAUUUAUACAAAUGAUUCAAGAUUGAAAUCUAUUUUUCCAAUAGGUAAUUAAAUAUAUUUUUAAUUUUUCCAUAAAUUUUUCCUUUUUACAGGAGAGAUAUUUUUGUCGCAAGUAACACCCCAUAGGUAUGUUAGUAAAAAUACUCAGGUAGAUAUUUAGAUGAAAUUUAUUUGUUUCUUCGUUUAUUUAUAAUGGUUACAGGAGGAGUUUAUUUAUGUCAGGUGUCUAUUUCAAAUAUUCCUGUGAUUUUAGGUCUGUAUGGGAACCUUACUGUUUACUUGGAAUUCAAAUAGAGAUGAUCUUAAAGGAUCCCUAAGUUUAAGUGGCCGACCGAAUCGGGAUCCACAGGGUGUCCUGAUUUCAUCACAAAAAGAUUCAGGCGUGUAUUUUUCAGAUUAAGGGAAAAGACUUUUCUCCCUAUGAAGUCAUGCAGGACGCCUGAUGACGCCGGAAGAUUUAAAAGUAAAACCUGUAUUUUUGCAAACUGACAUCGUUUUAUUAUUGACUUUUCAUUUCUUCAUGCAAUCAAAAUUAUAUUUUGCCCUCUUUCACAAUGAAUUUAUCAGAUUUGAUCCUAACAAAUUGAGAUUUAUG